AUGGAGGAAACACCGGAGUACCUGCACCAGGCCGCCAACGUGAACCUGCUGCACCACCUGAAGAAGCUGGAGAAGGAAGGCCAGAUCAGCUCCGUUCUGCUGCCCGCAACAGUUUGGCUGUUAAUUAUUUGCAUGCUGGUCGUGGUGGAGUGCAGACUCUGGGAGGGAGGCGAGCCCUCAAGCGAUGUCCCGGCUAAUGACAGGAGGAGGAAGGAGGAGGAGGAAGAGGAGGAGGAGGAAGGAGGAAGGGCCGGGCAGCUCUCCAUAGCCAGUGAGCUGGAGGACCUGCUCCAGGACCUUCAAAAUGGCGGCCAACAGCAGCUGUUCCCAACCCAGCCUCCACCCUCCUCUUCCUCCUCCUCCUCCUCCUCCUCGGUGCCUCCGGGCUCCUCCAUGGAGAAACAGACCAUCAUCAGUGACAUCCUGCAGAUGGCCGACGGCGGCCAGCACAGAGCGUUCCCCCCCACAGGUGCGUCCACACUGCGGCUCGUUGGUGGCCGGGGCUCGGACCAGUUUGCUCUUCGUUUGGGCCGAGACGAGGGUGCCGUCGGCCAGAGAGAACCGGGGCUGGUCCUGUGCUGGGGGGGGAACGGUCUGGAGGGGCUGGGGCCCAUGCCCCCGUCCAGAGACAUGCUCCUGACCGGGGGGGCCCCCUGGCCCGGCCGCGCCCCGCUGAAGCCUACUGGGAUUAAAGUAGGCUUCAGCGGGGCGCGGCCGGGCCAGGGGGCCCCCCCGGUCAGGAGCAUGUCUCUGGACGGGAGCAUGGGCCCCAGCCCCUCCAGACCGUUCCCCCCCCAGCACAGGACCAGCCCCUACGCUCUACUACAGCAGCAGCAGCAAAGCAUGAUGGGAGCCCACAAGGCCAGGAUGGCCAGCUCAGGUGUCAGGGCCUCCAUGCAGCAAAUGUGGGGCCCCCAGGGGCCGAUGAUGGGGCAGGGAGUCGGCCGAAUGCAGGCCCCGCCCAACCAGACCGCCCCCUGGCCGGACCGGAUCAUGGUGGAUCACUACGGCAACCAGAGCCGGGCGCCGUACGGCCGGGUUCACGCCGCCGCCGGUUCCCAUGGCAACGCCCAGGUUCACGCUGCUGCUCCCGUUGUAUAA